AUGGAGUCAAUUGUCAAAGGACGCCUCACGCUGCCUAGUAUUCCAACCGAGAUUAUCGGCAUCGUAGUGGAGAAGCUGUUCGAGGGAGCAGGGGAAAAGCUGAAAAACAAGAAGGUUUCCCAAUAUGAAGUUGGAAAGAAGGCCCUCUGCAAUCUGAGACUUGUCUGCCGAGAGCUCGACCAGAAGACACUUCAAGAUGUUGGGAAGUUCAUCUUUAACGGCAAGCAUAGAUGCAUCCGUUUCACCAAGGACUCGUUGCGACGGUUCAUGGACAGCUCGCGCCACCCGGUGUUUGGCCCAUCUGUUCGCGAGCUCAACUUCAAGCUGGACUACUUCGAUGCAGAAUAUAUCGAAAAACUGGCAACAGAUCGUCGCUACCCGCGGCCACGGCGAACCGACGAAGAGUACGAACUCGUAACCAAAGCAGCACAGUCGUCGCAGUCCACAUAUCCAUUCGCCGAUACUGUGUCGCAACUCGAGAACUGCCGUACUGUCAAGGUGGACUUUGGCAGACACUAUAAGUGCCGUAGUAUGAAUCCGAACCUCGCGUUCCGACAUUACGUAUGGCAACAUGAAUGGCUCCCUCUGCAUGGGUUGGUUAUCAGGGCGCUAUCUGCGCAAUUUCAGAAUAGCGUGCCAGUGGAGCACCUUUCCAUCUGCGAAACCCACUCGCACUCAGCUCGCAGUCUACCUUUCACGGCGUUUCAGGUAUUAUUCGGCAAAGGAAAGAACAUCAAUGCUCUCUCCCAUCUGAAGACCCUGAGGCUUGGCUUAUCCUUCCCUAUCUCCUUUGAGAAAAUCACGGCGCAGUUCCUUCCAAGCUACACGCAACCGUUCGAGAGCGCAUGUGGGACCCUCCAGUAUAUGGCCCUCCGUCUCGACUUCUCUUUCGACAGCCGGCUUUUCCUUCAACACUUGGCCUCCUCCGAAGUACAUUUCCGACAUCUUUCCGUCUUGAAGCUGACUAAUACCCUCGCCUUCGAGAAGGACUUGAUAAAGCUCUUCCGAACCCACGCCAGCACUCUCAACAAGCUGGAGCUGUACCAAAUCAUUCUUGAACUGGGCGGAAGCUGGGAGAAGGUGCUGAGGUCGAUCUGCACCGGGCCAUUCAGCCUCCAGGACUUCACGUGCGUUGAGCUCCUUCAAGUCUCAGAUAUAGAAGAUGGCAGUAUAUGGCACUACCACCGAGUUCAGUUCUUCGGAUGCCCAGAUAUCUUUGACAUCGACAUGAGCUCGAAUCCUGCUUCCUCAACGGACAAGACUACGGGGGAGAAAGUUAUCACGCAUCGCUUACGAUACACCACGCUCAGCAAAGAGAUGCAGAAUGACAAGCAACUCAGUCGUGACGAGUGGGUUGUGGUGGAUAAGACAGAUCUUCGGGACGUUGCGAGACAGUUCACCAUCUGCGCCGAGUACGAUGACUUUCAUGAAGUUUUAAGGGACUUGAUCCGAAGCAUCCUGCUCGAGGAUGUCGACCUAGGCCACCCCAAAUUCCCGUUCAUAUUCUUAGAGUUUUGA